UCCUGAUUUAGCCUCCCCCUUCCCGGACUCGCCUCCCCUGGCUCCUCCCAGAGGCCAGGCCUCUCAUUGUCCCCGCCCCUGGCUCCUCCUUUAGAUCUCCCUUUCCUUGGCUCCGCCCCUCCGCCAGGCCCAACUCUCUGGUUGUGACGUCCGCCGGAGCCGCGCAGAGGCUGCUGCGCGUGAGCAUCAUCCCGGAAGUGCGAGGCUCCCAGAUGUGCAGGUGCCGCUGCUGUCACCACCGCCGCCGCCGCCGCCUUUGCAGCUGAGCCACAGAGGAAGAGGAGGAGGAGGAGGAGAUGGAAUCCCCCAAUUCUGCCUCAGAGGUGUUUUGCAACCGGAUUCUCAGCAUGGUGAAUUCAGAAGAUGUGAAUGCUAUCAUUCAGGCCCAGAAGAACAUGCUGGACCGAUUUGAGAAAACCAACGAAAUGCUCUUGAACUUUAACAACCUUUCCAACGUCCGCAUGCAGCAGAUGAGUGAGCGUUUCACACACCAUACCAGGACGCUGAUGGAGAUGAAGAAGGACUUGGACAGUAUCUUCCGCAGGCUUAGGACUCUGAAAACAAAGCUGUCGAAGCAAUACCCAGAUGCUUUUAGUCAUAUCCAGGAGUCCCCCAUCCUGGAGGAGGAGGAUGACGACGUGGACCCCAUCUUGGCCAGCUCAGCUACCACCAUUGCUACCUCAGAGCAGAGCACGGGCUCCUGCGACACGAGCCCCGACAUCAUCUCCCCGGUCCUGAGCCCCGAUUUUGAAGAUUUAUCCCAAGGUCGGCUGGACUCCCCGGCUGUGAAUGGAGAGAGCCUGACAGGUGAUGACGAUGAUGAUGGUGGUGGUGGUGGUGGUGGUGACAGGGCCCUGGAGUAGGAGGGCCUCUCCUCCAGCCCAGCUCCUGAGGAAGCAGUGCACUGGAGGAUGUUCAGGAGGGCCUUCUCACCUCCCAGCGUCCUGGAGCUUAGAACCACAAACCUGGGGGAGACAGCUCCAGAAAAGAUCUGGCCUUUGGGCGCCGUGGAGCCAUGGCCCUGGGAUGAAGCCAGGACUGCCGGGUAGGCCAGCCUUGUUUGGGGAUGGUCACACUGUGGGUUUUCCCAGCUUUUUUUGCUAAUGCUUUUCUGCUGGUAUCUUUCUCGCCAAAUUCCUUUCCUCCCUGACCCCCAACCCAGUUCCCAGUGUUUCUGCACAUCUGAAGCCAAGCCUGGGCUUUUUCAGACCUACAUCUCCGGGUCCUAGCAUCCUACAGGUUUGUUCCAAGCCCUGUGUGAGGAAGGAGGCUCAUGGACUUGACUUGACUAGGCAAUGUCCUGUGCCCUUCUCCAGCCCUGGCUCAGAGGCUGGUUCUCAGUAAUUCUGUGUAGCAGUUCCUGUUAGGGAUCCCAGGGCCAGGUGUGACUCUGAGAGGCCCAGUAAUUGUGGCUUCAGCUCAUGCUUACACUGAAGCUCCCAAUAGACAUACGGACACACCUGUACACAUGCACACACCCAUACAUACACAGGCACAUAGAAAAGGCCUCUCUGUGUGUAUCCCUGCUCACACACUGACACAGACAACACUUACUCCAAUUAAGCACCAAGUUGUUUCUUCUGUUGGUACCCUCAGGGCUUUUUUGAAACAAGUAAUGUCUCUGAGAUGGAAAUUCAAAAGAAGUUGUUUACUCUCAUGAACAGUGUUUGAGCAGAGGCCAACGACCAUAUAUUUCCCUUUCGAGAGAGGAGAAGGUACCACCAAGCCGCUGCCACCUCCUCCACCCCCCUCCUUAGGGCCCUUGGCCCAGUGGGUAGGGACAUCUUUGGAAAUAAAAGUUUAAUUGACUAUUUUUGUACCCUGAAUUUACACAUACUAUGGGGGAAAUAAAUAAAAUUCUCUGUUGUUAUG